UUUAGGAUAACCAACUUAACCACCAAGACAACAGAUGAAAAAAACAUAACAGCAACUUGAAAUUAGAAAUUAUCAAAAUCAUACAACAAAAGAAAAGUUUAGCGUUAAUAAUUAAACUGUUCGUUCGUCAUUUUCAAAAAUCCUCAUGCUCAUUCUCCCAGCAGUCCAGCACGCACGAGGGAGGACAAAGUCAGCAGAUUUAGGUUAGGUUCUCAAUGUAAACAUUACUUUCUGGGUGUGUUCUUCUUCUUCGACCGAGAUACGCUGGGAGUGAGCCUUCUGUUGGUGAAGCCUAUAUAUUCUGUGGCCGUGCCGCCGGCUGUAGAAGUGUCAACUCAACAUCAACUGUACUUUAAAGUGAGGGAAGUCUGUAGUUUGGUAAAGUGCAAGUACCUAUGAUGUGAAGACUCUAGUUGCCAAGAGGAAUCAGAAUAGGUACUUACUUUUGAAUGUUUAGACGAAUAUUAAGUGUUUAAGAGUAAUGGAGUGGAGUGUGUGAAUUCUCUCAGGCUCGUUACACUUAGCAGUGACUCUGCCUCUAGUUAUACCUAGCUAUGUUGGAACUGCUCCAUCAACAAGUUAUUCAGAUCAAAGUUUGUCAAGCAUUGUUUCUCAUGAUGAACACAAUGACUGCAAAAAACAUGCUGUUUUUAGUCUUAGUCGAAUGGAAGCAUACUUUCUUAGUGGUCAACUAACAGAUGUUAUUCUAACUGCAGGCGGGAGACAAAUAGCAGCACAUAAACUUGUUUUAAGUGCAGGCUCUGAAUAUUUUGCUGCUAUGUUCACCAGUGAUUUAUGCGAAGCAAGACAAAAUGAAAUAACGCUCCAAAACAUUGAUGGGGAAGCGUUGUGGCACUUGGUUCACUAUUGCUAUACAGGACACAUUGAAUUACAAGAGGAAAGUGUUGAAACCCUUCUGAGCACAGCGAGCCUCUUACAAUUGAAUAGUGUGGUUGAAACCUGCUGUCGUUUUCUAACGAAACAAUUGCAUCCUUCCAAUUGUAUUGGAAUUUGCGUGUUUGCUGAUAAUCAAGGUUGUGCAAGUCUUCAAGCAGCUGCUCGAGCCUACAUAGAAGAACAUUUUGUGCAAGUUAUAUGCAACCAAGAGUACCUGCUUUUGCCAAUAGAUGAAGUAUGUAAACUGCUAGAAUCUGAUAAUUUGAACGUGCCCUCCGAAGAAACAAUUUUUCAGGCUGUGAUGAUUUGGAUUAGUCAUGAUAAAAUCAACAGGAAGGAAGGUGCCGCACGGUUGCUGGAGCUCGUGAGACUCCCACUUAUUUCUCCCUCCUUCAUUGCUGAUUUGAUCGAGCCGGAGACAGUUUUCCGUGAUGAUAAAUAUUGUCAAGAUUUAAUCAUGGAAGCCAUGAAGUACCAUUUGUUGCCUGAGAGAAGGCAAUUAUUGCAGUCACAGAGAACUCGGCCACGCAAAUCCACUGUUGGAGUCUUAUACGCUGUUGGAGGGAUGGAAGUUACCAAAGGUGAAUCAUGUUUCGAAAAAGUCUAACAUGUGGUUAUGGAAAAAUUGGUCGACUGCAUGCAACCGACUUGAAGCCGACUUCAGGGAUAAGAAGGCAUCGAUUCACUCAGAGCAUCGAGCUGCAGCCGGUCGCGUCAGUAAAUCCGAAAAAUUUUGGACCUCUGUCCAUGGAUGGAAGGAGAGGAGAGAAGAAGAGAAGAAUUCGUGCAGCUCGUGUAUGAAAAAGUACAAGCAAGUCACGCUUGUUGCGGAGCUCAUAAUUGAAGGGGAAAAA